ACAAUGUCACUGUCACUAGGCACUCGCUGUAGCCAGUUUGACGUUUCGAACAAAUCUGUGACUUCUGCAGAAACGUCGUUGUUGGGUUGAAGUUACGUAAAAAUUUACCUUUAGCUCUAGCAAAUCCCCAAACAUGAGCUUAAAGGCCAAUUACUACGACCAGCCGGAGGGUGAAGAUCUCUUCGGCAAGAUGAUCGCCACCAACAAGUACGCGCUGGCCGGUGGGCUCGGAUGGUCCACCAUCGAGGUAAUGAUGGUUUCGAAACCUAAAGGAUAUCUGCCCACCAUUGCCCGGUACAUGUAUUUCACUGGUCCGUUCGUCGGAAUGGCUUCUGCUUUUACCGUGGGUACAUACGCUGCCAACAAGCUGCGAGGUCGGAAUGAUGGCUGGAAUUACGUUGCCGGUGCGUUCGCGGCUGGUGGUGUUUACGGUGCCUGGAAGCGAAAUGUUGUCAGUGGGCUGGUAGCCGGUUUGAUUUUCAGCGUGGCGGGUGCACUCAAGAAGCAGUCCGUGGAUGAAGGCUGGGAAUUUUUCCCCGAUGUAAAGAAUCACGCCGUCAGCGCGGUCAAUCCGAAUCGCUACGAUUUCACCUUGACGCAGGAACGCGAACGAGGAUGGACGACCGGCAAGUAAGAUGUAGGUGGUAACACGAUGAGAACGAAUAAAUCCGGUUCCGGCUCCGUUGUAAAGCAAGUUAGGCAAUAAAUACUGUGGAUACUA